ACAGUUUUAAUACUUAACAUUAAAACCAACAUAGUCUAAUUUUAAAGACGACUGUAAUUGGACCAAAAAGCUGUUUCUAUAAUACUUUCAGGUUAUAUAAAAAAAUGCGAGUUGUGCUACCUGUGCUAUUUACAUUAACGUAUAUACGCUGCGCCUGCGGUAAUGAUGUUACCAUAUCAGCACCAGCGGGAGAAAUCAGAGGAUCAUCUGUGCUUAUAUCGUUUGCUGGCAAGCCGUACAGAGCCAUGAGCUUCUAUGGGGUUCCUUAUGCCCAACCAUCAGAUAACUUUAGUAGAUUCUCAAAGCCAGUUAGAACUCCUCGGUUCAGUGAAACUUUUGACGCAACAAAACCAAGGUCAGCAUGUCCACAGAACGUGAAAUGGGCACCAGGUCUUGAGUCAUUACCAGUCAGUGAGGAUUGUUUGAGUUUAGAUAUUUUUGUACCACACUAUAACCAUGUGACAAAACCGAAAGCUGUAAUGAUAUUUGUUCACGGUGGAUGGUUUCAGUACGGAUAUAAAGACGUUUAUAAAUCUGAAGUCUUUGCCGCAGUUAACGACGUCAUUUAUGUAACUAUUAACUACAGGCUUUCAGCGUAUGGCUUUCUAGCGAGUAAAAAGUUCGGACUGAAAGGGAACUAUGGGUUAUGGGACCAACAUAUGGCAAUUCAAUGGGUGCACGAUAAUAUAGCAGCUUUUGGUGGUGACCCCGGAAGGGUAACAUUAUUCGGAGAGUCCGCUGGUGCAGUUUCUGUGAUGUAUCAAGCUCUGUAUGAAGGGAAUAAAGGUAUGGUACAUCGUGUGAUAGCACAAAGUGGCUCUGUUGGGUCUUACUGGACUUACAGUGAAAAUCCAGAUGUCGCUUUUGAGGAUCUUAUUACUAGAAGUGAUUGCAAAAUGAACACAUUAAUGGAAAUACUGAAAUGCCUUCGAGCUAUGAAUAUUUCAGAUCUACAAGACAUGUUUUCAUAUGAGACCCUAUUUUUACCUGUUACCGAUGGUGACUUUGUAAAAUACAACCCAUUCAGUUUAUUCAAAAACCUCACCAAAGAAUCUGCAGAGGCUUUGCAUGCUUUUGCUGAUAUUGACGUUAUCAUGGGUAUGAACAGUGACGAGGGACUUCUUGACUUGGAGGUUCUAUCAAAACUAUUAGGAAACAGUAUUGAAGAGCUUUCAGAUGGUAUGACAUCAGAAGAGUUCCGAAGUUACACAAAAAGACAGCUAAACUAUGUUAACUUCACUUAUGAUGUAAAUAUCAUUAAUUCCCUUAUACAUCAAUACACUGACUGGACUAAUCCAAAUGAUUCUAUUUCUCGGCGGUCCUCAUUCUUGGACCUUCUAAAAGAUAUAAGUUACACCCCGUCGGUAGUUCAAGCCGCAAAUGCUCACACUACGUUUUGGGGCAAAGGUAGCAUGUACAUGUACCAGUUUGAACACAGGCCUAGCUUCUCCAUAUCUCCGUUAUGGAUCAAAGGGGCAAACCAUGCGGAAGAGAUACCGUUCGUUCUUGCGUUCCCUACUGAUGUCAUAAUUACACUGGGUAUAAAAUCAGCAGAAGAGCUACGUGUGUCUGAUGAUGAAAUAUUACUAUCAAGAAACAUGAUGAAAUUUUGGACACAGUUUGCCAAGACAGGCAAUCCGAAUGACGUUAGAGAUAUACAUCCUGGUAUGUGGCCUGAAUAUACUUAUGAUACACAGUCGUACAUUGUGCUCAACACGGACGGGAAACCAUACACUACAGGGUCUCACUUCCGGCUUGAAUUUGUGAACUAUUGGACAAACGUAUUUCCAGGACUUCAAGAAGUACUGACUAAAGCAAAAAUUGUAUGCAACAAGAAUUCAGCAGCUUUGUUUGGUUCUUCUUGGACACUUUGUUUUUCUUUUUAUGUUCUUCUUUUGAUCAAUUCUUAGAAAAGAUGAUUGUAAUUUACAGCCUUUUUAGAACUGUUAUGGCAUUAAUUAACUGUGCAACGCACUUCAUCCCUUGACUAUAUCCAAGACAGAUAUAUAUAAAGAUCUAUUUUAUAUGUAAAUAUGAUAUUUCUUUCGAAGCAGCUUAUUAGGUGUAUAGCAGCUUUUAGAAUACAUAAUGUGCAAUAAUACUACAAUUUGAUCACUUGGACCUUUAUGCUACAUGUUUUUAGGAGGAUACGGAAAUACCUGAUGUAAGACGAUUGACAAAAUGUACAACUAUAACCUUUCGCAACAUUUUAAGUAGCUAAAAUUUAAAUAAGUUACUGUGAGAAAGCUAAAGUAAGGAAAUAAUGACAUAGGAUCACAGCACGCAAUCAAAUGCAUUUAUUGUAUAUAGUUAUAAAAAUUGGAUAUUAUAUUGUUUCUGGUGAAGUUUCGAAAUAUAAUUGUAAAAUAAAACUGAUAAUUUUGCAGUAAAAAAAGCAAAAAAAAAUCUAAAUAUUUUCAUGGGUAAAAUUUGGCUACACAUGAAAUAACCAGAAAAUAUAUUGGAAAUAUAGAAAACAGUAAAGAGUCUUGUAUGCGAAUCGUGAUUUUGUUUUUGAUUGUUGCUUUUUUCCUUAAACUUUUAACUGUUUAAUGUUGCAGCUCAUACUACGAGGGCUGUUCAAAAAUAACGUAGACUUUUGCUGUCAAAUGUUGCAUAUUGUGUAAAUAAUAACGUGACAUAUAUCGUUGUAAUUCGGAAUCUUUCUGUAAUUUGGUCAUACAUUUUUUUGUAACAUUUUUGCUGAUAGGCAAAGCUCGUCGAACGUUUUUAUUACCAUAGCUACGCAUAACCGGCGCAGUCGCUUUUUGAUCUGUCGUGAUUUGAAUUCGAUCGCUAAUGUUCGCACUAAUAAUACACUUGUUUUCCCCAAAAUACCCGCAAAGUGCAGCAACACGUCAGGGCAACAUGCACCUAGAGUAUGGUGUCAUUCCGAUGUGAGAGGCGGAGGAAAACGAUGUUUAAACAAAGUGAGUGUUAAUGUUUAUAAUGCAUGUAAUGUCGUCAUCGACUCGCACGGAUACUAUGACAAUUGCUUAGUUAGAAAUUUUGGCGAACAGCAACUGAAAUUCAUAAACUAAUGAAGCAGACGCCACAACAACGAAAAAACUGCGAAUGGAUGUUAACGCCAAUGUAUGACGUCGUACAUAAAGGCCAAGUUCUCACGUUGAGUACCCUGUCCGAGAUGCGUGUCAUGAGUGUUCAUACAUUUUAGUAUCCUAACCAAACAAAUUCUUAUGACAUAUAUUGCUCAUGAAAAUUUAUAAAACAAAUUUACAAAUAUGAAUUAAUGAAAACUUAAUGAAAGCAUCACCAUGAAAGCAAGACGUCGUUAACGUCGUUGAAAUAUGAUCGCCGUGCGCCGGAUCCGUGUAAGUGAUUGUUUUCGAGGAGGCGUAACUCCUGAUUGCAUGGUCAUAAUCACGUCAAAUUUGCAGUGCAGUUAGUAGAAAGAUUGCAAGUCAUGAUGUUAUAUUUCUUGUUUUGCUUCAUUAAAGUAUAUAAAAGAUUGAGAAAAAGUCUACGUUAUUUUUGAAGAGCCCUCGUAUCAAUCUAAGAUGUACGUUGAGAAAAUGGUUGAAUAAUCUUCUUGUAGAAAAAGUCAGUGAAUAGAAUAAACGAACAUACACUUUACCACAGCAUAUUCCUAAAGACGUUUUAGACUAUUCUCGCUAAACUUGAGCUGAUUGUAGGUCAACACCUUUUAGACUACGUGCAAGGAGAAACAUUAAUCGAGUGAUAUUUACAGAUUUAAAUUGCUGAGAACUGUUUUACGAUUUACUUUUUGGGGCUGAAAAGUAAACAUAAGGUAGCGCUCAUUUCAUAAAUGUGUGUCUCGGGAAUUUGCGUUUCAAAGAUGAAAGAUAUGGCUAUUCGUCGCCCAGUUUGCUUUAAAUCUGCAUCCGAUACUGCACUUUCAAUAUUUUUUCAAUAUUUAUGAAAUUUUGUAAAACAAAAUUAAUUUUGCAUCAGUUCGUCUGUUCACCAAAGAUCUAAAACCGAGAGAAUUUUGCAUAUCUGAGACAUUGUCGUGUAUGUGGAAUAGUUGUUGUAUAUCCAUCUGAUUGCUCUUCUUUUUACCAUUUCUAUCUUAUUUAUAUCAAGUUUAGUGUAGGGUGACCAGACUGAGGCCGAGUAUUCUACCUGAGGCCUGACAAGAGUUUUAUAUGCUGUUUCUUUAACCUUGUUUUUGGUUUGGGUGUAACGUUUAUGAAACCAAGUGAUAUGUUUGCUGUUGUGCAGAUUUUGUUAAUAUGAGUGUUAAAAGAGAGUUCGUUUGUUAGAUCUACACCAAGGUAUUUUGCAUUUCCCAAACAAAAAAGGCCCAAUAAACACUGUCAAUAAACACCACUAAAACCAUGAUCCGCAAGCGAGUUGUUAAUUCAAUACACACCAUCAAAACCGUGUUCCAAUUUCACAUGCAAAUGAGCUAAUGGAUCGCUAAUUAACAUAAAUGUGUCAUUUAAUUAACAACACGCUAAUGGAGCGCACAAUAGAUCGCUGAAUGGAACGCAUAAUAGAUCAUAUAAUGGAACGCACAAUAGAUCGUAUAAUGGAUCGCUUAAUGGAACGCAUAUAUAAUAGAUUGCUUAAUAGAUCGCUCAAUGGAAUACGUUUUAUCAAACUGAUACAUUCCUAAUUACAGGCUGUAUUUAAUUGAAACCUGAUGCGUUCAGUUUUGGCAAAUCGUUUAUGCAUGUGACUGGGUGUAGCCUGGAUUUGCAGAGAUAUGCAAUAACUGUUGAAAAUUAAGGCCUUUCUGUUAAAAUUAUUCAAAUAUUAUUUUGUUACAAUAAUGUAUAUAAAGUUGUAUAUAUGAUACAAACUUAGCAAUCAUUCAACAUUUUGAUGAUCAUUUGGAUGCAGUUUUAUACAAAACAUUUGAUGAAUCAUGCAGCUAACAGAAAUUCCAUCUUUGUGAAAUAUGGAUACACAAAGAGAAACAUACAUUUAUUAACCUGUUUCCAUAUAAGAAAGUAUACAGGUCAUUUGAAUCAGCAUUUCAAAAACUAUUGUGAUAUGCAUUUAAUAAAUCUUUGAAUUCUAACAUACACUUGUUUUAUUGAAAUCUAUAAAGAAUCACAAUGUAAACAUACAUUUAUUUAUACUGAAUUGUAAGUACAUGUAUUAAGAAAAUACCUUUAGUUGUAAAUCAUAGAAAUUAAACGAAAUAACAACCACCAUUUUCUCUUCAAUAAAUCCAUCCAAAGAACUAAAAAUUUAUUUUAUAGCUCUUUGAUCCAUCUACACUUAUGACCUACAAAAUGCUUUAAUUUCUGUCCCUCUAUAUUAUACCUUAGAUGAGAUUACAUAACAUAACCGUAGCAACUAGAAGAUCUGCUGUUAUGGUACAUUGGAUGGAUUAAAACCAUGUGUUUCCUGAUAAAAGAGGAGAAAGCCUUCUGAAUGGCUCUGUAAAGUUAAUAACUCGUUUCAAAAUCGCGAGCCAUUUAAUGGAACACGUUCUGUUAGCGAUCCAUUGCAACCAUUUCUUGAUAGUUU